AUGGCGUUUCCCGAUUCCGCUGCUUCAAAAAGGGGCCUGCUCAUAGUUAUUGAAGGCCUUGAUCGCUCAGGGAAAUCCAGUCAGUGCCAACGGCUGUUCGACUUCUUCAGACUGCAAGGUCAGCGGAUUCGUUAUGCCAAGUUCCCAGAUCGGACGACGCCCACAGGGAAGAUGAUCGACAGCUAUUUGACUGGCCAAGCUCAGCAAGACGACCACUCCAUUCAUUUACUCUUCAGUGCCAACAGAUGGGAGGCUAUCAAUUCCAUUAGAUCAGACCUAAUCCGUGGGAUGAACGUCAUCGUCGACCGGUACUCCUUCUCCGGAGCUGUCUAUUCAGCCGCCAAAGACAACCCGGAUCUUCCGCUGCCUUGGGCUUGGAAUCCAGAAAUCGGACUCCUCAAGCCUGACUUACUCUUUUUCCUAGACAUCUCGUCUACAGAUGCAGCCAAACGGGAUGGUUAUGGAGCCGAGAGAUACGAGAUGGAAGGAAUGCAGACCCGCGUCCGAACUCUAUUCAAGGACUUGUUUGCUAGACUAGAUAUCACAGUCUAUCAAGUCGAUGCUGGAAGGACAAUUGACCAGGUUGCUGUCGACAUCCAAGCGGUUGUCCAUACGGCGAUGCAGAAUCCUCAGUUGGGUUCGAGCGACCUUGAGAAGCUCGGACCUUUACUUGACACCGUGUCUCCGUAA